CCGUCCCUUUGCCAGCUCGCCCCCAUUCGACUUUUUCUCCUCCUUCGCUGUCAUCAUCAUCAUGCCACAAGAAGUUUACUGUGUGUAUUUAUUUGAUUUGGUGAAAAUCCAUUUUCAUCGUCGUUUAAAUGAAGAAUCUUGUUCUUCGAUUACCCCAUGAAAGUAAAAGAACUUCAAGUUCGAAAUCCCUUUAAAUUUCUUCCUCAUAACCCCACGAAAAUGACAUUUUGUGGGUAGUUUAUACAACGAAUUGUUCCACCCACCACUACCCCUUUUCACCUCAACUUCUAGGGUGCUGUAAUCUUCCCAAUUUCGUAAAUCUCGAAAGAAUUUCUCCAUUUCUGUACAGAAUUUUGUUCAAUUCCAAUUAUUUUGUGAAAAAGUCGUUCCUUUCUUCUAUUUCUUUUCGGUUCCGACCCUUAUGCUUGAACCCAAUUCGAUUUAAGAAAGAAAGAAAGAAAGAGAGCAUAAGGGUCUUGUCCAUGGCGUCGAUUCCUGCAGGUCCGAGCUCGGGAUCGAGUUCGAGUUCUGGGUUUCAGUCCCCUUUCGGGGAUACGACUUUCACCAAAGUGUUCGUUGGCGGGCUUGCUUGGGAGACUCAGAGUGAAACCAUGCGUCAAUACUUCGAGCAAUUUGGAGAGAUUCUUGAAGCUGUUGUGAUCACUGAUAAAAACACCGGCCGAUCCAAGGGUUAUGGUUUCGUGACUUUCCGUGAUCCCGAAUCUGCUUCAAAAGCAUGUGUAGAUCCAGCUCCGGUCAUUGAUGGUAGACGGGCGAAUUGUAAUUUAGCUUCACUUGGACGCCCUCGUCCUGCACUUUCUUUUGGACGUAUGUCAUCAACACUAUCUUAUGCAGGAGGUGUGCAAACUGCUCGCGUGCCUUCUAUAGGAAGCUAUGGCUACCAACAACAACCACCGCUUUUUUAUGGCUACAGACAAGGAUUAAUGUAUCCCUCAUACCCGUAUGGAACGUAUAGUCCAGAAUAUGUCUAUCCACAGGGCGUAUACAAUCCGUAUUCAAGUCAGCAGUAUCUUCAAGUAUACGGAGCAGUUAACCCGCCCAAUAUGUAUCCAUACAAUCAAAUGGGUCAAAUAGCUCCAAGUGGUCAUGGUUACACGCCCUAUCCAGGCUAUAAUACAUUGCCAGGUCAUCAAAUUGUGCAAUUUGGUGGGCCAAAUGUAAAUGCAGCUACUACUACUUCAUCCAUUCGGUCAAUUCAAGCAGCAUAUCCAACAGGCAGUGUUGUAGCACCUGUUCAAGGACAACAAUUUGUAAUCCCUGCUCCAUCAUCCCAGAUCAUGCAAGGUGGUGGUGCUUCUGACCAAAAUUCAGGAUGAAGGUCUGAUUAAAAGGUAUCCUUAGAUUGCAGCAGGACUAAGAACGGUAGUACUGCUACUUGAGUGGCGGGCUUCAAAUCUAGCCUUGCAAAUUAUUCGUUUUGCAUUCUAGAGGUCAUUUUUACCAGAGAAAUCAUGGUCAAGGAAAUCCCAUGAAGAUGCGAAUUGUGUCUUCCUUCCAAAAUCCAAAUGUGUCCCAUUUGGUCCUCUUUCACUCUACCAGUGUCACAAGGGUCAAAGAAAUUGCCACCCGAUGCUGGAAUAGGUUUCCAGCAUGCAUUGGAAUCAGCUACACCAUUCUUGUUAGGUUAACAAGGCCUAUCAUUGUGUAAACACAUUGGCUAAACUGUAUGGUGUUAUAUGUUGGUGUCUUUUUUUGUUAUUGUUCAUUGUUCUUGAUCCUGGUUUUCAAAGGGUGAAAAUCCAGAGAUCUUGUAGUCUUAGAAAAAAAUGGAAGUGUCAUUGUUUGUGUGUGGCUGCAACUCUUCUUGAACAAAGUCUUUCUUUUGGGAAAUUGUAGGUGUUGUGUUUGUUCUUUUA